CAAAAACACCCGGGUAGGUGAAAAUAUAUUCUUCGGCGUUGCAUAGAAAUUAUGUGUGCAGAGGAAGAAUGACAAAGCGAUAAAUAUCCGAAAGUCGCAGUUUCAGGGGGCUUUAAGGGGUCCGAUGUAGCGUGGCGAACCCCUGUCCGUGCUGCCGCCUUCGGGAAAUUUUAUCUGCCAUCAACAACAAUUCUCCCCCUCCGACGAGCAGCGAUUCUUCCACAAGGCAUAGGUUACAGGAGGAGAGCGAUCUCGCCUCAUGCGGCCAUCUACAUGACCCAAAUUUCCCCCGUCGCGAUUCUUCGCAAUGGCCUGCGAAUCCUGGCUCCGCUGUCGGUAGCGCUCACCGUCUACCUCUACCUCUAUCCCAUCUUCCAGACGUGCGCUUUCCCCCUUCCGCUCGCCGACGGGGUCGACACAGGUCUGGGCGCCUUCCUCGAGACGGCGGCAUUGCAUUCGCCCUUUGCGGUACCCGCUCCCUUGCGCGGCGGCCAUGACAAUGCCAAGAGCAACGGGAACAGGCCGCUUGCGCCAUUCCGUCUCCUUGCCCUCGGCGAUCCCCAACUCGAGGGCGACACCUCCAUCCCCAACGCGCGCGGCCAGUCGUUCCCACACCUCUGGACCCUUUUCUCGCACCUGACCUUCCAAUCCGACCACCGGAGCCUGCGCGAGCGGGUGCGCCAGAGCCUGCACGACAGCGUCGAUUUCUACCUCGAGGACAUCCCCAACACGCUCGAGUCGAUCCGCAAGCGCAUCGACCUGUUCGGCAACGACUUCUACCUCGCCCACAUCUACCGCACGGUGCGCUGGUGGGCGCGCCCGACCCACGUCUCGGUCCUCGGCGACCUGGUCGGCAGCCAGUGGCUCGACGACGCCGAGUUCGACCGCCGGAGCGAGCGCUUCUGGGCGCGCGUCUUCCGCGGCGGCGAGCGCGUGCCCGACGACGUCGCGCGCGCCCCGGCCGACGACUACGACCUGGCCGGCCUCCUCGGCGGCGGCGACGACGACGACGAGGCGGCGGCGUGGGAGAGGCGCAUCGUCAAUGUGGCCGGGAACCAUGACAUCGGGUACGCGGGUGACAUCAACGAGGAGCGGCUCGGGCGGUUCGAGCGGGCCUUUGGCAAGGCGAACUACGAGCUGCGGUUUGAGCUUCCCCUUGUCGCCGCCGCCGGCGACAACGACAACGCGUCGACCGCGACGACAGCAGCGGGGACGACAGGCGCGGACGCGGACUCGCACCGGCUGACGCCCGAGCUGCGCGUCGUGGUCCUCAACGACAUGAACCUCGACACGCCGGCUCUCUCGAGCGAGCUCCAGGACGCGACGUACCGGUUCGUCAACGCCAUCAUCAACACGGCGUCGGCGGUCGAGUACACGGGCCACUUCACCGUCGUGCUGACGCACGUCCCGCUGCACAAGCCGGCGGGCGUGUGCGCCGACGAGCCGCACUUCGCCUUCCACGACCACGACGGCACGCUGCGCGAGCAGAACCAGCUCAGCGCCGAUGCCAGCCGCGGCUUCCUCGAGGGCAUCUACGGCAUGAGCGGCAACCCGGGCGCGCCGGCGGGCGGCCGGGGCCGGCCCGGCGUGAUCCUCAACGGGCACGACCACGAGGGGUGCGACACGUGGCACUUCGUCAACCAGUCGUCGAGCGAGCGGGCGUGGGAGGCGCGGGCGUGGCGCGCCGCCGCCGGCGACGGAGGCAUCGUCGGCAGAGAGGGGCACCCGGGCAUCAGGGAGAUCACGGUGCGGAGCAUGAUGGGCGACUUUGGCGGGAACGCGGGCCUGCUCAGCGUCUGGUUCGACCGCGAGACGUGGCAGUGGAGGUUCGAGUACGCGACGUGCCUGCUCGGCACGCAGCACUUGUGGUGGAUUGUGCACAUCCUCGACCUCGUCGUCGUUGUUGCCGCGCUGGCCUACGGGGUCAUUGCCGUGCUCUCUGCCGUGGGAGUCGACGUCGAGAAGCGCGUGUUGGUAGACCUGAAGGCUGCCAGGGACCAAGGUUUGAACAAGGGGACGAAGGUGGUGAUGAAUGGAGAGGAGAAGAAGGCUCGGGUGCCUGCUGUGUCCUAAUAUUUGUGUGAAUACCCCGUUGUGGUCAUGUUGGUCUACUAGAUUAUUUCCUUCCCUGUUUCAUCAACACUGACAGUAUAUAUAAGCUUGGAAACCAACAUUCAACAAGUAGGAGCAGGUCGGCAGAGGUGAACGGCUGUAGGUUACCGCUGAAUUACACCGAAGAGCUCUGGAAUUUCAAACCCAAGAACCUGAAAUAUUACUAGACAAGAAUAGAAGUUGUAUGUGUAUGUCGCUCA